AUGUUCCGUAAUCAAUACGAUCAUGAUGUUAGCAUUUGGAGUCCUCAAGGAAGACUUUACCAAAUCGAAUACGCCAUGGAAGCUGUGAAGCAAGGUGCAGCAACUGUAGCAGUUAAAUCGAAAACACAUGUUGUUCUUUGUGCCUUGAAACGUGCUCCGUCAGAAUUAUCGGCUCAUCAAAAAAAGAUCAUGUUUAUUGAUGAUCACAUUGGUGUUUCGAUCGCUGGAUUAGCAUCAGAUGCUCGCAUUCUUUGCCGUUUCAUGCGAACUGAAUGUAUUAAUCAUCAAUAUGGUUUCGACAAACCUAUGCCGGUGACAAGAUUAAUGGAUCAUGUUAGCAAUAAAUGUCAAGUUCCAACUCAACGCUAUGGACGUCGUCCAUUUGGUGUUGGUUUCCUCAUGGCUGGCUUCGAUGAAAAAGGUACACAUUUAUAUCAACUAUGCCCAUCGGCGAACUAUUACUCAUGCAAAUGCAUGGCCAUUGGUGCUCGCUCUCAAUCAGCUCGGACAUACUUGGAAAAGAAUCUUGACAAAUUCUCUGAUUCAAAUCAAGACGAGUUAAUUAAACACUGUAUGAGGGCAUUACGUGAUACCUUACCGAAUGAAGUGGAAUUAACAAUUAAGAAUUGUGCAGUUGCAGUCGUAGGAAAAGAUACACCAUUCGCUAUCUUAGAUGAUGUACGCGUUACAGCAUAUUUAACCGCAAUUGAAGGUGAUGAACGUGCACCACAAGCUCAAGAUGAUACUUUGAUUACUGGUGGCGAUGAUCUUCCACCACCACCACCACAAGGUGGCAAUACUGAUCCACGAGUUGCUAUCGCGACAGAACGCAUGGAAUCGUAG